CCCACCACAACGCUCAAUCUCACAGCAACGGGAAUGUUAUCGUCUAACAACACUCAUUUUGAAUAAUAGUUAGAGCUUUUGCAAUGGCUCUCGGCUCAGUGUGGGCACGUCUGAGAGGCAACGGCCAACCCAGCUUGGCCAGGUCAACAGCUCUAAGACUCUUUGGAUUCGCAACAUGGAUCCCAGUCAUCGCCAUGUUCAACCUGCACGUCGCAGAACUGACUUUUGUCGACGGCGCAUCUAUGUAUCCGUUAAUCAACGACGAUAAAGACUCAACGUUGCGACGAGAUGUGAUUCUCAACUGGAAGUGGUCUCCUCAAGAGAAUCUAGAGAGGGGCAUGGUUGUGACAUUACGGAGCCCGUUACAUCCCGAGACAAUCGCAGUCAAGCGCGUAGUGGCGCUAGAGAACGAUGUGAUCAAGACAAAAGCGCCUCAUCCUCUGCCGACAGUGAGAGUUCCGCAGGGGCACGUGUGGGUUGAGGGUGAUGGACCACCUGGAUCAAGUCUGGAUAGCAAUACGUAUGGACCGGUAUCUAGGCAGUUGAUUACAGGGCGGGUUACUCAUAUUGUAUUUCCCUUUCGCAAGUUUGGAGCUCUUCCAUGGCGGGAUCAUCAGAGGCCAUUGAUGGAGUAGGAAAUGAGAUAUAUUAUAUGUACCAAAAC